CUUUCUAUAUAUAUUUUUUAGUUUGAAUUCCAGCUAUCUGCGUGUGUGUGUGUGUGUGUGUGUGUGUGCGCGCGCACCGAGGCAUCCGCGCCGCUGGGGGGCGCUGUGGUCCCGUUACCGGCCCCGCAGGUGUAACAGGUGGACGCUGCACGCGCCGCAGAAGGCACCGAGACGUGGAAGGAAUGACGGAGCUCGAGCGGGGACAUCGGUGCUGAAAAAGUUUUAAAAGCGUCCAACGAGCGGAGGAGUUCAAAAGGAGAGGCUUCAAAACCAUGAAGAAGAGCAAGCAGAUCGACAUCGGGCGGGCCCUCGUGCUGGCCGGCGCCUUCCACUUCCUGUGGUCGUGCGCCCGAGCCUGCCUCCUCCCCUUCCUCACCCUGUACUUCAGACAGCUGGGUCUCUCCCCCUCCAUGACGGGCGUCGUCAUGGGGACCAAGCACCUGGUGUCGCUGACGUGGAGCCCCGUGGCCAGCCUGCUCUCCAGGCACUACAACCAGAGGCGCGUGGCCAUACACGGAUCCCUGGUGUGCUCGGCGGCGGCGGCCCUGGCGCUGCUGCUCCUCCCGCCGGCGGGUGUGGGCGCGCGGGCCGCCGCCGCCUGCGUCGUGUCCCGCCUGAGCGACGGUCCGACCCCGAGCCCGAGCCCGCAGGGCGACCUGUUCGGCGGGGUCGCCCCCUCCGCAACAUCAGCCGGGUCCCCGGCUAAAAUCCACACAGCUCCCGCGUCCCGGUCUGGGCUCAAUUCCACCGCGCAGCCGCUUUUCGCUACGGAGGCCGCGCUUCCUCAUCGCGAUGGAUCCCCUCCCGGGCUGCCGCCGUGGAACUCAUCGGCGGUGGUCAACCACAGUGCCGGAGAACCGGGGGUCCGCGGCUCCUUCACGCCCCGCCCCGAAAACUCUUCGGCACCUUCAGUGAGGAGCAAGAGGUCAAAGGAGCAGCUUGGGGAAAACAACACGGAGGCAGAGGAGAAGGAGAAGGAGAAGGAGAAGGGUUCUGGUUUCCUGGGCAGCCUGAAGAGGAUGGACCCUCAGCACCGCCUCUUCCUCCUGAUCCUCGUCAUCGUGUCGGCGUGGGAGUGGGCGUCCGCCCCUCUGGAGCGGACCGCGGACGACGGCCUGUACGAGUAUCUGGACUCGGCCGAUGCCUCUGACCGCUACGGCAGCACCGCGCUGUGGGGCCUGCUGGGGGCGGCGGGCGGGGUCGGGGGCUCCGGCCUCCUGGUCGGCCGGCUGAGCUGCCUCGUCGCCGGCGGGUUCCCGCGCGCCGCGGUGCACUUCGUCUGCUACGCCGUCGCGGCCGCCGCGGCCCUCCCCCUGGCGGCCCACCUCCCCUUGUACCUGAACAAGAAGCGAGACCGGACCAACGGGCUCCUCCGAGCCGCGCGGCUGGUGCGCGGCUCCCCGCGCGCGCUGCUCUGCGCCGUCACCGUGCUGCUGGUCGGGGCGGCGGGCUCCGCCGUGGACAACUUUCUGCUGUGGCAGAUGCAGGACCACGGCAGCGGCGAGCUGCACAUGGGCUUCUCUCUGGCCGCCGCCCUGCUCUCGCAGGCCGCCUUCCCCCUGCUGGCCGGCCGAGCGUCCAGGCUCCUCAGCCCGGGGGGGGUGCUCGCCGUGUCGGCCGCGUGCCUCGGGGCGCAGUGUUUCUACUACUCGUUCCUUUGGGGGCCUUGGGCCGCGGCGCCCGCCCAGGCGCUGAGCUGUUUCAGCGGCGGCGCCCUCUGGUGGGCCGUGGGGCUUCAGUGCGACGACGUGGCCACGCCGGGGGCCGAGAGGAGCGUGAGGAGGCUCUACGGCGCGCUCGCUCAGCUGGGGAGCGCGCUGGGCAGCUUCGCCGGAGGCUUCGCGGCGCAGAGGUGGGGGCUCACGUGGCUGUUCAGAGGAGCGGCGGCGGGUGUGAUGGCGUGGUGCGCUCUCCUGCCUCUGCUCCAGUGGAAGGCCCCCCGCCUGCGCAGGAUCAACUACUCCCGGCUUUUGGCGGCGGACGCGAGCGAGGCCAGCAACUCCGAGUCUGAGCAGGAGGCGGACUGGCUGGAGAGGGCGAUGGUCGACGACAGAAGCAGCAGCAGCCAGCAGCACUACGGGCGGAGGAUGAACCGCUGACCCCUGCGGUGUGAGAGCACUCAGGGACGCUUCGGAGAGUUUACAUGGAAUCAUUUUGCGUGGGGAUGUGUAUGUUCAUGGUAUGUUCAACUCUCAUCAGCUGCACUGAGGAUUCAUCUCAUCACCACAAGCAGAGAGUCUGCUCUACAGCAAACAGGAAGCAGGACUGAGGGCGGGUCGGAGACGGAAAGCUCACGCGUCGUGUCAACAGAAGCACCGAAGCCUCGUCCUCUUGUUGGGUGUAGACUCCACAGGUGUGCACAAGGUGAGGCUGGACUUAAGGACACCCCCCCCCCCCCUUUU